UAGGUACACUAGUUGUUUUAGUUGUACCAUUCCACCAUUAUAUGUUCUGUUUCUGCACGUGCGUGGAGGUUCUAAGUGCUAAAGUGCGGGGGAAAAUCUAUCCUUUUGACAUGAGAAUCCGUUUGAUAGUGAUAUAUCACAUUAGUUUCGUUUUCAUUUGACUAUAUUUUACAUACCGCACUCUUUUGUGGUAGUGAAUUACUUAGCCGCCCUAGCUUACCUAACUGACCUAACUCCUGUGCUCUGAUGAUAAGGGGCUUACAGCACGCACGGACUUGCGCAGCAUUCAUAUCAUGGAGAAACCAGCCAUUGGAAUUGAUUUGGGAACCACCCACUCUUGUGUGGGUGUGUGGCAGCACGGUAAAAUUGAAAUCAUUGCCAAUGACCAAGGUAAUCGAAUAACACCCAGCUAUGUUGCUUUCUCAGAUGAACGUUUAAUCGGAGAUGCUGCCAAAACGCUAGCUCCUAGUAACGCAAAGAACACCAUAUAUGAUGCGAAACGCCUCAUAGGCCGCAAAUUUGAUGACCCUUUAGUACAGGCUGACAUGAAGCAUUGGCCCUUUACUGUAAUCAACGAUGCUGGGAAUGCUAAAUUGCGUGUUGAGUACAAUGGAAUGGAGAGGGUAUUUGCGCCAGAAGAAAUAAGUUCCAUGGUCCUGUCAAAACUGAAAGAUACGGCUAAAGUUUAUCUUGAUUGUGAAAUCACUGAUGCUGUUAUUACUGUUCCAGCGUACUUCAAUGAUUCUCAACGACAAGCCACCAAAGAUGCAGGAACUAUUGCAGGAUUGAAUGUAUUGCGAAUCAUUAAUGAACCCACCGCGGCUGCCAUUGCUUACGGUCUUGAUCAAAACUUGAAAGGUAAACGGAACAUCUUGGUUUUCGAUUUGGGAGGUGGCACUUUUGAUGUUUCUAUUCUAACCAUCGAUGAAGGUUCUUUAUUUGAAGUAAAAUCGACUGCUGGUGACACUCAUUUGGGCGGCGAAGAUUUUGACAGCCUUCUGGUGAAUCAUUUGGCCAAAGAAUUCAAGCUGAAGCAUAAGAUAGAUCUCACAUCUAACUCCAGAGCACUAUGUAGAUUGAGGUCUGCUGCGGAACGAGCCAAAUGCACUCUAUCAGCGGCUUCAACAGCCAACAUUUUCAUUGACGGUUUAUUUGAUGGUAUUGAUUUUCACUCAUUCCUCACCAGGGCUAAGUUUGAAGACCUCUGUGGUGACUUGUUCCGAAAAACAUUAACUAUCGUUGAGAAGGCCAUAUCGGAUGCUAAACUAGAAAAAGAUGCCAUUGAUGAUGUAGUCCUCGUUGGAGGCUCCUCGAGAAUUCCAAAGGUCCAGUCAUUGCUCCAGAAUUUCUUUGAUGGUAAAUCCCUGAAACAUUCUAUUCACCCAGAUGAAGCUGUCGCUCAUGGUGCUGCUGUGCUAGCUGCAUCACUGAGUGGAAACAAUGACUUAAAAAUUAAGGAUGUAGUGUUGCGUGAUGUUACUCCUCUUUCCCUUGGAAUACAUAUGAAAAACGACGUAUUCAGUGUUAUCAUUGAGAGAAAUUCCAGGAUUCCAUGUAAAAAAACAAAAACCUAUUAUACCACAGAAGACAACCAGUAUACUGCAGGCAUUGAUAUCUAUGAAGGUGAGCGCACAGUAGCCUCUCAGAAUCAUUUGCUGGGUAAGCUUACUCUAGAAGGUAUCCAAAAAGCCCCCAAAGGUGAAACUAAAGUAGCUGUCACGUUUGACUUGAAUGCAGAGGGGAUCCUCUCGGUUUCAGCAGAAGAAAGGGGCACUGACAAAUCUGAAAACAUUACGAUCACCAAUGAAAAGGGUCGCUUAUCCAAAGAAGACAUCAGACGAAUGAUCAAAGAAGCUAAACGUUAUAAAGAAGAAGAUGACAAGCAUUUAGCUCGAUCUCGAGCUAGAAAUCAACUAGAAGAUUAUACUUACAAAAUGAUGCAGGAAUUAGAAGCAGCAGAAUCCGAGCUCUCCCAGGCUGACAAGAGUUGCCUGAAAGACGAAAGCGAUAAAAUCUGGGAUUGGCUGAAGGAAAAUCCUAAAGCUGGUCUAGGAGAAUAUAAACAGAAGUUGCAAGAUAUCCAGGAGAAGUGCCAGCCAAUCAUGAAAAAAAUUCACAAUGAAGAUGCGCUACUUGAUUAAGUGAGUCCCGUGGUGUGCUUUCUCAUUCUGCUGUAUCAAAACUUGAACUUUGAGUUAUUUUGUCUUCAUGAUAAUUGGAUUUAUAUUUAAAUCUUGCUCAGAGAGAGUCUAAUGAUGUUUGACAGUUACCAGAACUGAGAUGAUAAUUUUCACUGCUCUAUCAAUGUCAAAAUUUGCGAUCAGCCUGGAUUGUAACAUAAUAACCCAUGUUUCCAUUGUCUCUCAAGUAAUGGAUUCAUUGUUUGAUCAUGAAUGGACUGAUGUUUUCCCUCUGAAAAGUUAUUUUUAUAUGUUUUAAGAAUUAUUUUCACAUAGGUAACCUUAAGAAUUUUUGUUGCUAUGGUAAAUGUAAAAUUAACUUUAGUUCUAAUGUAUUCUACUGACCCCUGACAUCAUUGCAUAGUCUAUGUAGGUAGAUCAGACCAAUCUGUGAAAAGGGCAUUUCAAGGUGAUACUUCUUAGAUUCUUGUCGUAGUGGAAAAGGCAUGCAAUGUAUCGGAUCGAUCAGGUCAAAACUCAUGGUAGCUUUUGACUUAAUAGGGGAAAAAGGACGUCAACUCUUACGCGCGAAUCUAAAGAAUCAUUUUCAGAAAAAAAAAUUCCUAAAUUGAAAGAAAUGAAAUCAAGAUUUGGAUAGUUAAAAAGUUGGAUUUGAUACAUUGGUCGAUCAGUGAAUCAAAUGCGAAGUUUUUUUGUAGCCAAAUCCUGCUUUCAUUUUCUCCGAGUUUUGCAAUUUUUUUCCUCGAGAAUGAUUCUUCAGACUCAUGUGCAAGGGUUUACGUCCUGUUUUUGAAUAAGAAGGCGUAAUCUGCCCAGACUUUUGACUCAUCAAUGCAUUUUAUUCCAUGCCAGUUGAAUCAUACCAAGAACUCAGGACUAAUCACCUUGAAGCUCUUUGUGAAUCGUGCGUUUGAUGCUGGGCAAGAAGCUGUUAGCUCUGAUUUGGGCUCUGUAUGAUGUUGUCUGAACUGCAUCACUCAGACCAAUCUGGUCAAUGUGUAUUUUUGCUCACUAGAGAAAACUUGCCGAUCACGUUUUCUUAAAAUGAGAGCUAUGUAUUUCCACAUUAAACUUCGGACUCAGCCGAUAUUGCAAAUGAAAAAUUUGUAUCACUGCUGAGCAAUAAGCUGAAAAUGUCGAAAGGUGUUCAAAACAAAUUUCUCACCAAUAGACCCGCUUUUAAGGGCAUAUGUUCUCCUUCUGUAUGAUGAGUUAAAUUAAAAUACGUUUUCAACACUGAAAAUACAUGUUACAAAUUUA